CCCGGCGCCCGGCCCUGCCGCCAGCCUGCGCUCCUUCGCCCGCCCUGCGCGUCUCUGUGGCCACAUCGUCCGCACCAUGAAGGCGCUCCUGCUCGCUGUGCUGGCCGCGGUGCUGUGCGUGGAGAGAGCCCACACGCUCAUCUGCUUUUCCUGCUCGGAUGCCUCCUCCAACUGGGCCUGCCUGAAGCCUGUCAAGUGUGGCGAGAAUGAAAACCACUGCGUGACGACGUACGUCGGCGUGGGACUCGGCGGCAAAUCCGGCCAGUCCAUCUCGAAGGGAUGCUCUCCCAUCUGCCCCAGUGCCGGGAUCAACCUGGGAAUAGCGGCCGCCUCCGUUUACUGCUGUGACUCCUUCCUCUGCAACAUCAGCGGUUCCAGCAGCGUCCGAGCCAGUUACACGAUCCUGGCCUUGGGAAUUCUCGUCAGCUUCAUCUACGUCCUCCGGGCUCGCGAGUGAUGGGGCUGCCCGAGGAAGAGCCGCCUCCCACGGGUCUCGUUAGCCAAUAUCUUCUCUGUUGCUGUCUGCAAGGAGAUCCUCUACUUCUCAGCAGGCUUCCAAGGUGAUUGUUUCCCAGACUUUUUGCUCUUCCAAGCAUUGGAGACCUGGGCGGUUUGGCCGAGCUGUUCUCCUCCUCCUGUGGACGUCUCCCGCUGCACUCUCACUCCUCCUCGGCCAAGGUGGAUAAUUUUGGAAGGGUUUCUGCUUUUUCUACCUAUUAAUAACCCCCCCUCACCCCCCAUUUCUAAGGUUGGUUAAAACCAGGCUGGGACUCGCUGAGAACAGACUCACCCCAGGCACCACCAGGUCUGCUCCAGCACAUGGGUGGCACGGGCAGCGGGAAUGCGGGAUCCAAAGGGAGACACAUUCCCGGCCCUCGCAGCUGCAGUCUCUUUUUAUAAAAUAAUUUCAUUUCUUCUGAUCCUGGGCUGACUUUUCUGGAAAACCAAUGCCGUGUACCUUGUCCUUCCAAGUUCUGUAAGUGCCAGACCUGAAUAAACUUGCUCCUGUUGUUACCUGA